GUGAACCGCUACAUUGUAUCGGCACUGACUCUUGUUAUUUCAGCCGUAAUUGUUCUUUCAUAUUAUUGAUACCAGCCGAACGCUCUCGAUAAAAAAAUAAUUUAUUGUGUUUAUGAAAACCUUUUGAAAUUUUGAACGCAACGUUUGAAAUUAAUUGUAUUGAAAUAUAAAAGCAUGGUGCUGUUAAGUUGUUUGCGGAUGAGAAGCAAGGAGUUUCAUUGGAUACUUAUUGGAAAAUAAUGGAUACGUGCGGGUAGCUUUAAAAAAAACAAAUUCCUGAAGAAAGUGAAGGAAUUUAAUGUAAAGUUGGGUAGUUAGAGAACAGGAGAAAGAAACGGACAGGGGAGUCUACGCUCGGAGUAAGGAGGAGGAGGAGGAGAAGAGGAGCAUGACGGCUCGGUCCUUAUGGCUGUUAUCUGACUUUCUGAGGCCACUGCUCUACUUUGCUGCUGUAAGGUAGGGCAGCCCUACUCUGCCUGGGAAGCAGCAUCAGACCGACACACAGACCCCCUACCCCACCAGUGAAGAGUUUUCCUUUUAAUGGAUGCCCAGGUGGCCCUGCCGAUUGUAUGGACAGGUCUUGUCCUGUUGAAUGCCGAGUUAAAGUGGAUUGAUGCUGCCGAGAUCUUCACCAACACUUGGGCUGUCCAGGUCAAUGGGGGCCCUGAGGAGGCUGAACGCAUCGCAAGGGAGCACGGCUUCAUCAACUACGGCAAUGUUUUUGGAGAUUAUUAUCACUUCAGGCACCAUGCCGUGGCGAAGAGGGCAUUGUCAGGACACAAGGGAAUGCACGUCAGACUGGAGAAAGAAACACAGGUCCUGUGGGCGGAGCAGCAAGUGGUGAAACGAAGAAAGAAGAGGGACAUUUUUGAAGACCCCACAGACCCAGAUUUCCCCAAGCAGUGGUACCUGUCCAAUCCAACACAUCAAGACUUGAAUACGAAAGCAGCUUGGGCUCAAGGCUACACUGGGAGAGGUGUUGUGGUGACCAUCCUGGAUGAUGGUAUUGAAAAGGACCACCCCGACCUCAUCAGCAAUUAUGACCCUGAGGCAAGCUACGAUGUUAAUGAUGGAGAUGCUGACCCCCAACCAAGAUACACACAGCGAAAUGAGAACCGACAUGGGACUCGAUGUGCAGGGGAAGUCGCAGCUGUAGCCAACAAUGGGAUAUGUGGUGCAGGUGUGGCCUUUAACGCAAAAAUUGGAGGUGUUCGUAUGUUGGACGGGCAGGUGACCGACGUGGUGGAGGCUCACUCCCUGAGCCUUAACCCUCAGCACAUCCACAUUUAUAGUGCCAGCUGGGGCCCAGAGGAUGAUGGGAAGUCGCUUGAUGGCCCUGCCAAACUGGCCAAGGAGGCUUUCCUUCAUGGAAUAACCAAGGGCCGCGGCGGACUGGGCUCCAUCUUCGUCUGGGCUUCAGGCAACGGUGGCCGAGAACAGGACAGCUGCAACUGUGACGGCUACACCAACAGUAUUUACACACUGUCCAUCAGCAGCACCACAGAGUCGGGCAACGUGCCGUGGUACAGCGAGCCCUGCUCCUCCACCCUGGCUACCACCUACAGCUCUGGGAAUCCAGGGGAGAAACAGAUAGUGACCACAGACCUGAGGCAGAAAUGCACUGACUCUCACACGGGGACGUCUGCCUCAGCCCCACUGGCUGCUGGGAUCAUUGCUCUGGCUCUGGAGGCAAACAUGAACCUAACCUGGAGGGACAUGCAGCACCUCGUGGUGAGGACAUCCCUGCCGGGGCAUCUUAUCACCGGAGACUGGAAGACCAAUGGAGUGGGACGCAUUGUGAGUCAUUCGUACGGCUAUGGUCUGCUAGAUGCAGGUGCUAUGGUGAGUUUGGCAAAGAACUGGACGUCAGUGGGACCUCAGCACCAGUGUGUUAUCACCAUGCUCACAGAACCAAGAGACAUUGGAAACAAGCUUGUGUUCACCAAGAGGGUGGAUGCCUGCUGGGGACGACCAGAGUAUGUCCGAUCUCUAGAGCACGCUCAAGCUCGCCUCACUCUUUCCCACAACCAGCGAGGAAAAUUGGCCAUUCAUCUCAUCAGCCCUCUGGGCACACGUUCCACCCUGCUGUUUCCGAGGCCCAAUGACUAUUCUUCAGAGGGAUUCAAUGACUGGGCCUUUAUGACCACCCACUCUUGGGAUGAGGACCCACAAGGAGAGUGGUCCCUGGAAAUUGAGAACGUUGCAGCUAAUGAACGUGACUAUGGUGUGUUGAGUCAGUUCACUCUCACCCUGUGGGGCACCGGACCCAGCGUUGUUAACCCCUCGUCCCCCGACUUCCCCCGACCAUCCAACAACAGCUGCAAAACAUUCGAUGCCCAGCAGAUCUGUAUUGAGUGCAGCCCAGGCUUCUCCCUCUUCCUCCAGGGUUGUGUGAAGUUUUGUCCCCUUGGUUUCACAUCAGGCCAACAGCUCCUCAACCUGUCGCUUGAGAACUGGGUGGAUCUGUCCUCUGUUCAGGCCUGCUUACCCUGCCAUCCCUCCUGCCUCACCUGCUCAGGUGUCGGACCUACAGACUGCCUUUCCUGUCCGCCUCACAGCCACCUGGUCCUCACCUCCUGUCUGCACCAGAACCAGGUCCAGAGGAAAUCCCCUCUCCCUGGAGGACUGCAGGUUGUGGAGGCUGAGCCAGAGGUGAAGACACCAGCAGUUGCUGGAGCAGACAAUAACAGCCUACAAGCUGUGAAACCAGGGCUCGCUGCAGCUCCGCCCUCUCAGCUUCCUGUCAUCUUGGCAGUUCUCAGCUGUGCCUUCAUCCUAGCUGCCUUCGUCGGGGUCUUCUUCUUACUCCAGAUGAACUCAGGAGAAGCUUCUUUGGCCUGGAGGACCAAACUGCCCUCUGUGUUUUCAGACACUAGAAGGACUCGACUGGGCUUUGGUUUGGGCUUCCAGCGGGGGCGGGAGAGGAAGGCUCGAAUAUGCUACAAGGGAAUCCCCACUGUGUGGGCUGACGAUGACACCACCAUCUAUGAGUCUGAAUCAGACAUCGAGGAAGUGGACGGUCACAGCGAGAGGACAGCUUUUAUCAGGACGCAGAGCUUGAUGUAGGUGGAUCUGUCGCAGUUGUUGUGGUUUCCUCCCACCGCAGCGUGGAGGGUGUUAGAUCUGACUGUGCAGAGGUCAAACAUGAAGGAUGGAAG